AUGGGUAGCAGACGCCACAAGAACAAGCAAUCAGCGCCACCCAGCUUUGACGAGUUCCAGGCGAAGAAGGACAGGAAGGCCAAGAGAGUCGAGGAGAAGGAAUUGAAGAGUAAAGCUAGGGCGAAGGAGAAUGCCGAGAGAUCGCUGAAGAGAGCUGGUGCGGAGGAGGUCAGGGAGUCCUCUAAGAGAGCGAAGUCUGGUGCCAAGUCUAGGAAACUGUCCAAGCCGGAGGAGCAGGAGGAAGAGUUGCCCGAUGUGGACUACGAUGCACUGUCCAAGGCAAAGAAAUCUCUGUUUGACGACGAAGAAGAAGAGGAGGAGGUGAGCGACGUGGUCGAUGAAGAUUUGAAAGACGAGUUCGAUUUGGAACAGGAGUAUCAAGAUGAGGAUGAAGAAGCUCACGCUAAACCCAUGUUUUCUGACGAUGAAGGUGACGAUGAGGGGGAAUUGGAGAAUUUGAACGCAGCCAAUAUGGAGUUCUACUCCAAAAAACUGGACGAAGAUGAGGCAUUGGAGGCGGAGGAGGCCGAAUUGGAACUGGCAGAGGCUCAAGCAAUGCAGCCCCGCGCUGAUAUCCUUCCAUCCAAGGAAGAGGAGGAGGCACUAGCAGGGGAGGCACCAAACUUGACCGCUACAAGAACCAGGAUCAUUGAACUCGUCAAAGUUCUAGAAGAUUUCAAGAAUCUGGGUGCAAAGGGGAGGUCAAGAUCCGAGUACGUUGACCGUCUACUGAAGGAUAUUUGCGAGUACUUUGGGUACUCACCCUUCCUUGCCGAAAAGCUUUUCAACUUGUUCUCGCCUGCUGAAGCGUUGGAGUUCUUCGAGGCGAACGAAAUUGCAAGACCGAUCACCAUCAGAACGAACACUUUGAAGACGAGAAGAAGAGAUCUGGCACAGUCGCUAGUCAACAGGGGCGUGAAUUUACAACCGAUUGGGAACUGGACCAAAGUCGGUCUACAAAUCUUCGACUCCCAAGUCCCCAUUGGUGCCACCCCGGAAUACCUAGCAGGUCACUAUAUCCUGCAAGCCGCAUCAUCUUUCCUCCCAGUCAUUGCAUUGGACCCACAGGAAAAUGAACGUAUCUUGGAUAUGGCAGCUGCCCCAGGUGGUAAAACGACGUACAUUUCUGCCAUGAUGAAAAACACAGGUUGUGUGUUCGCGAAUGAUGCUAACAAGAACAGAACGAAAUCUCUAAUUGCCAAUAUUCAUCGUUUGGGUUGCACAAACACCAUCGUGUGCAAUUACGAUGCUCGUGAAUUCCCAAAGGUGAUUGGUGGGUUCGAUAGAAUUUUGUUGGAUGCCCCAUGUUCAGGUACAGGUGUUAUCGGUAAGGACCAGUCUGUCAAAGUCUCCCGUACGGAAAAGGACUUCAUUCAGAUCCCUCACUUACAAAAGCAACUGCUGUUGUCCGCUAUUGAUUCCGUGGACGCAAACUCGAAGAAGGGUGGUAUAAUCGUUUACUCCACUUGUUCUGUCGCCGUUGAAGAGGACGAAGCCGUCGUUGACUACGCUUUGAGGAAGAGACCAAACGUUAAGUUGGUAGAGACCGGUCUUCUCAUUGGUAAGGAAGGGUUUACCAGCUUUAGAGGUAAGAAGUUCCACCCAAGCGUUAAGAUGACUAGAAGAUACUACCCUCACACGUAUAACGUUGACGGUUUCUUCGUUGCGAAGUUUCAAAAGACCGGUCCAUCUCCACACGAUGACAACCAGGCAAGCGCCAAGGAGAAGGAAAUGGAGGCCAGGAGAGAAGCCGCAGAUGAGGGGAUUAUUCACUCCGACUUCGCUAAGUUCGACGAUGAGGAGGACGAUAAAUAUAUCAGCAAAUCGAAGAAGGUUGGUCUUUUGAAGAAGGGUGUAAACCCUAAGGCAGUUAAACCACAGGAGAAAUGA